AUGACUACAAAGCAAAGUUCAUCGGGGGCGAGUCCGGUGGGAAGUAAAGAUCGUAGUCUUCGGGAAAUCCUGGUAAAGCAGGUUUUUGAGAACGUUGCCAUAUCGAAUAGAUUUGGUGGGUUGGGGAAUAAUAUGGAAUCUCAGGAAAGAAGGGAAGUUGUUGUUCGUAACAGAGAGGACAAGGAAAAUGAGAAUAUUAUGGAAACCUCCGAAAAUGAUAAGAAUGUGGUGCAAGGACAAGAAAAGAUUUUUGGUGGGAAUUUUGAGAUUCAAAGAGAGGAUGUUCAAGGGCCUUUUCAACAGAAACGGACUGCGCCUGUAAAGUCUGGUUUGAAUAAUGGGCCGAGAAUUGGACAGAAGUUUAGUGGGCCUAAGUCACAAACUAAAUCCAAUAAGCCGACGAGGGGUCUGGUCUUUGGUCCAUGUGGGGAAGAUGUUACACUGUCUGCAUCGGUGGGUCAACUUGGUGGUUUGUGGCUAUUGUGGAGAACAAGGAUAGGAGAUGUGCCGGUUUUGGACUGCUCCGAUCAACAUAUUCAUGCUAGAAUUGUUGACGGUACUGAUGUGUUGCAUUUCAUUGCCGUUUAUGCGGAUCCCUCGGUCAGUAGGAGAAGUGGACUGUGGGGUCAGUUGAAAGAUAUCAUUCAGGAGAUCACGGAGCCGGUUGUUGUUGGCGGUAAUUUCAAUACUAUUGUAAGAACUGAUGAGCGAACAAGAGGUAGUGGACGAUUGUCUCAGGACUCGUUGGCUUUUGGUCAUUGGAUAAAUGAACUAUCUCUUAUUGACAUGGAGUUCAAGGGGAAUAAUUUUACAUGGAAGAGAGGACGUGUCGUGAAUACUUUUAUCGCAAAGAGGUUGGAUCGGGUACUCUGCUGUGCCCACACCAGACUGAAAUGGCAAGAGGCUUCGGUCAUUCACCUUCCUUUUCUUUCAUCUGAUCACGCUCCUCUUUAUGUCCAGUUGUGUCUAGAGGUGAAGAGUGAUCCGAGGAGGAGACCUUUUAGAUUUGAGCUGAAACGGUGGAAUAAAGAAGUUUUUGGUGAUGUUCAGAGGCGGGAAGAACAGUUGGUUCAGGUGAUUCAGGAUGUCCACGAUCUACUCGAUAUUAGCCAGACGGAUGAUUUGUUGGCUAAGGAGGAUAGUUUGUUGCAAGAAUUUGAAGUGGCUCUUGCACAAGAGGAAUUAAUAUGGUUCCAGAAAUCUAGAGAGACGUGGAUUGUGUUUGGAGACCGUAAUACGCGUUACUUUCACAUUUCAACAAUCAUUAGGAGGCGAAGGAAUCGAAUCGAGAUGUUGAAGAAUGAUGAGGGGAUUUGGAUUUCAGAUUUGAAGGAUCUAGAGGGUUUAGUGGUGAGUUACUAUAAAAUGUUGUAUUAUAUGCAGGAUGUGGAUGAGGUUGUCGACUCUUUGCCACCUGCGGGUUUUACUACAUUAACCCGAGCGAAGCAGUCUAGUCUGAAUAAACCUUUUAUGCGGCUUGAAGUAGAGAAGUCAAUAAAGGGAAUGGGCAGGUUUAAAGCUCCCGAACCGGAUGGCUUCCAGCCAGUAUUUUAUCAGGAUUGUUGGACAACUGUUGGGGACUCGGUGAGCAGUUUUUUUCUGCAGUUCUUUGAAACUGGUACUCUACCGUGUGGAACUAAUGAUGCUUUGGUAGUUUUGAUUCCUAAAGUGGGCAAACCUGAGAAGAUCUCACAGUUCAGACCGAUCAGUUUAUGUAAUGUCUUGUUUAAAGUGAUUACUAAAACUAUGGUUCUGAGAUUGAAGGAGGUGAUGCCUCAGCUUACUGGACCAACACAGUCAAGUUUCAUUCCUGGAAGACUCAGUGCUGAUAAUAUUGUUGUAGUGCAGGAAGCAGUUCAUUCAAUGCGACGAAAGCAGAGUCGUAAAGGGUGGAUGUUGUUGAAACUAGAUUUAGAAAAGGCCUACGAUCGGGUUAGAUGGGAUUUCCUUGAGGAUACCCUUCAUGUUGCUGGUUUCUCGUCUACUUGGAUAGCAUGGAUUAUGCAGUGCGUUACAGGGCAGUUGAUGACAGUUUUGUGGAAUGGAGAGAAGACUGAUCCCUUCACACCUUUGAGAGGGUUGCGCCAGGGUGAUCCUCUGUCUCCCUAUCUGUUUGUGCUUUAUGGAGAGGUUGUAUCACCAUAUUGA